GAUUUCCUCUGCUGACCAACAACAUCCCAAUCCUGUUGUCGCAUGCACUUCUUCUUACGUCGAAAUCUCGAAUCAUCCCAUACUGUCUGAAGAUUACAUACCCCUGGCACGGCAAACUCUUGUUCUUUUCCCCCCACAGCCUAACACAGUUGUGUAACAGCACAGCAAUGGAGGAAAUUGAGUCAACUACAGUGGAGCGAACAGGGGAAGAUGAGGAUCAGAAGACAAGUAACAUACUAUUGAUGUCCAGCAAACCUCUGCACCGCUUUGUCCAAAAACAGCCCAGAACUCUUGGGAUUGUGGUUCUGAUGUUUGGCUGUGCUGAGGUCAUGAUGGGGUUUGUGCUGGCCUUUGAUAGUUCAGAUUACCCAACAAACUCAUUCAAACUAUAUGUUCCCUUGUGGCAAGGAAUUCUGUUUUUUACAUGUGGAGUCCUGUCAAUCUACACCGAGUUACAUCCAUCCAAGAAAAUGGUAACCACAUGCCUGGCCCUGUAUGUGGUCUCCAUGUUGGGAAUUAUAGUCUCCUUUGGAAUACGGAUAUCCAUCAUAAUGCAUUACAGCUUUGUACGCAAUUGGCAUGGGAGGAACGGCUAUGAUGUGCAGGUUGCUUGUGUGGAAUACAUAUUGUUUGGAUCCUCUCUGUGUGUGUUUGCAUUUCUCAUCUUCUUGAGCACCAUUGCACGUUUAGCACUGAAAUCCACAAAGACCCAGCACGUUAUUGUCCAGCACAUUGUGAUGAGUCCACAGAGUGAAGCAACAGCAAACUAGGACCAACCUUCACCUCCAGUAUUCUACAUUCACUAACCAGCACUGUUGAUUUGACGUAACUUUUUUUUUAUCAAUUACGGCAGACACUAUACAUAUUUCACUAUGUAAAGUUUUGCAACAUUUUUGUAAUGUAUAUUCUAAACUUCCAACAUGUGUGUGCGUCUGCGUGUGUGUGUGUGUGUGUGUGUGUGUGUGUGUGUGUGUGUGUGUGUGCCUGUGUUCUACCAUCUGUUUUGCUGUUUGUGUGUAGCUGAGGAAAACAGAGGAAAGGCUUCACAAUUAAAAUAAGUAAAGUUUGUGUUCAGCCUCCCUGAGUAAACACCGUGCUGCUCCACUUUUUACUGAGGUUGCAGCUGCAGGUCUUCAGGGAUAUGUUUCUUACCGGUUUUGCACGUUUCCUUAAGGAUUGUCAUGUAUUUGGCUCCAUCCAUCUUACCACCAGCUUCCCUGACUAAAAGUUGUCCCAUCAACUUAAACUGAACAUUUCUGAACCUACUUUAUAUCUACCAUGGACUCUUGACGGUUAACGGGUUAUUGCUUUCAUUGCCUGUCAGUUUAGAUUGGCAUCCUUAUUUUGGUUUGUUUGCAGUUGCACUCUUUCCCCCAUAUUAAAAGGUUAUUAUAUUGUUUUCCUAAUGUUCUGAAAGAAACCAUGAGGCCUUACCAGAACGUUUGUAUUCAUACUGUGAUUAAAUUACAUCAAGGUGGACUCUAUUUAAAAUUUAGAUUACUUCUGAGGCAGGUUGGCUGUACUGGAUUUUAUUUUGGGUGGAAGGAUGGAGGUGGCUGAUUACAAAUGAGUAUCACAUUUUUAUUUUGUAUUUGUAAAAAAAAAAAAAAAAAAAAAAAAAAAAAGGUUUGGAAACCAUGUAUCAUGCUCCUUCGACAUCACAAUUAUUAAUAGCUUUGCUCUGGCCUAUCUCAGAUAAUAAGAAAUAAAGUAGCUUAUGGUACUAACAUUGCAACAAACACAUAAAUACUAUUGGGAUGCAGUGUGUACAGUUAAUUGCCCAGAAAAUUCUUUUUUUUCAACACCAACACUCAUUUUGACAUUUGAAAUACUUUCAUUGUAGCAAUAAAAAAUGUCUGUUAUGGAGUGUGGUUAGCCAAUUGUUUACUGAUUGCUAUUAACUUUUUUUGUCUUCUUUAAUCAAAAUAUCAGCUUUCACACUGAUUAGCUACACAUUUUUGAUUAACUCAUUUCAUUUUUAUUCUGUGAUUUAUCUUAGCUGAACUGAGAGAUAGUGUUGUGUUAUUAACACAAAAACUUGCUUGAAUAAAUGUAGCUUUUGUACGUAUCAGUAUACAGAGUUAUAAAUGUUUAUGUGUUUAUUAAAUAAAGAGAACGUCUUCA